AUGUCAGAACGUUUCCUCUUCAUAACCGCUGAAGCCGUCGGUCAGUGUUCAUCGGAAACCGCGCCGAUGAAACGUCGGGUUACGGUGCAUUUUGGAGACGUGCGUGUGGUAGUGCCAUGUCAUGAUGAGAAUUCCACUGUUGCGGAUUUGGCUGAAGCCGCCAUUGUAAGGUACAAAAAGGCAACAGGAAAGAUAUCUUGCCUAUUUCGCGUAAAAGCAAUGAGAGGGUUUUUUCGCGGACAGUGGCUCGCUUUGUUACUCAUCAAGGAAGCUUUGACAUCUUGUGUCUGCUUCUAUUCCAAAGCAGCCGCAGUUGUUGACCUUGGUUUAAAGGAAACCCAAUUUUCAAAUCGACGUGUCUCUUUCCCAACCAUGAAUGCCAUGUCUGACGGAUGA